GUUUUUACAAAGAACCACAGUGCACAGAACAUAAAUAUCUAUGGUUCGAGAUGACGUUUAUGGAAUAGGUUAGAUUUCACCAACAAAAUACUUUAUUUUACCAAAUUCGAUGGCUUAUUCGGUAAAUACCACCCCUUUACUGCAAGAAUGUAGUUCUGAGAGCGAAGAUGAUCUAAAUUCCGUUCCAAAUGAGGUUAAUUUUAAGGAGACUAGGGGGAUUUUUCAUUCAGAACCAAAGGACAAAUAUAACAAAACCUAUUUUAUUUUCUAUUUGCUGGGAAUCGUAACCCUAUUACCCUGGAAUUUUUUUAUAACUGCGGAUGAUUAUUGGAUGUAUAAAUUUAGAGAUGUAAACAAUACUAAAGGUUUAGGUGAAAGAAUGGUUACAAAAAGGACUCCUAUGCAAGCUAGUUUUACCUCGUAUGUCAGUGUAUGUUCAGCAAUACCAACACUAGUUUUUUUAGUACUUAAUACCCUUCUAAUGGAAAAGAUCUCAUUAAAUAAAAGGUUUCUGGGUUCACUUAUAUCGAUGUUAAUAUUAUUCUUAAUUACAUUGGGCUUUGUAUCCGUAGAUACAGACACAUGGCAAAAAGACUUUUUUGCAAUUACAUUACUUACUAUAGUACUUUUAAAUGUAUCUAGUGCAAUACUAUCAGGAUCCCUAUUCGGUGUAAUCGGUAAAUUCUCGCCAGUUUACAUCACCGCAACAAUUGGAGGCCAAGCUCUAGGUGGUAUAUUUGCUGCCAUAGCCGAAAUAGUAUCCCUUUCAAUAGGGGCCUCAUCUAUUCACUCAGCGUAUAUGUACUUUGGUAUUGGGUCAAUUACAAUCAUUAUUACGAUAAUUUGUUACAUAAUACUCUAUAAAUCCACUCAUUUCAAACACCAUGUGUUUAAGAAAAUGGAGCUUGAUUAUCAGGUUGAUUCCCUUGGGAUGCAGACUUUGUCGUACAAGGUUGUUUUAAAGAAAAUUUGGGUGUACGGUUUUACUUUGAUGAUUUGUUUUUUGUUUACAAUGGCUGUAUUUCCUGGUAUAGCUGUAUUAAUUGAGUCAGAAGGCAAAGGUCAUGGCAAUAAGUGGAAUGAUGUUUUCUUUGUGCCAACUAUAUGCUACCUACUAUUCAGUGUCGGCGAUUAUUUUGGACGAAUUAUAGCUGGAAAAUUACUUAGGCCAAAAAGUGGUACAAUCCUACUUAUUCUUUGCUUAUCGCGGUUUAUAUUUAUUCCUCUAAUUAUGCUGUGUAACGCCCACCCCAGAAAAUAUUGGGGGGUAGUUUUUGAUAAAGAUUAUGAAUAUAUUCUGAUUACUAUAGCAUGUUCACUGAGCAAUGGUUAUCUGGCGAACAUUACCGCCAUCUAUGCGCCAAAAGUUGUGGAAAAUCACGAGAAAGAACUGGCGUCCAUGAUGAUCACUGUAUUUUUGGGUAUAGGAUUGGCUUUUGGAUCUGUCAUUAGUUUAAUUUUAGUUAAAUUUUUGUAAUAUUAAUAUUUUUUUAUUUAAUCA